CUUCUUUACCCCAUCUUCUUCCCUUUCUCUCUCUCUUUCUGAUACUUUUUAGUUUGUACUCAAAAUCUGCAAUCCAAUGAGAAAGCCUUGCUGUGAUAAGCAAGACACCAACAAAGGUGCUUGGUCUAAGCAAGAAGACCAGAAGCUUAUUAAUUACAUACGUAAACAUGGGGAAGGUUGCUGGAGAACCCUUCCUCAAGCUGCAGGACUGCUUCGCUGUGGCAAAAGUUGUAGGCUGAGAUGGACAAACUAUCUAAGGCCUGACCUUAAAAGAGGAAACUUUGCUGAAGAUGAAGAAGAUCUCAUUAUCAAGCUUCAUGCGCUUCUGGGAAAUAGAUGGUCUUUAAUAGCUGGGAGAUUGCCUGGACGCACUGACAAUGAAGUAAAGAACUACUGGAAUUCCCAUUUAAGGAGAAAGCUUAUAAAAAUGGGAAUUGAUCCAAAUAAUCAUCGUUUGACCCAUAAUCUCCCUCGCCUUCAAAUCCCACAAGACUCUGGCAGUGCAACAUCCUCUGGUGGGUUGAAAAGUGACACCGAACCCCACAAUGAUAAUAAUCAGCAAGCAUCCGAUGCAGCUAGUUGUUUGGAGGAUGGUCCAAUUGCUUUGGCUGACCUAAACCUUGACCUCACAAUAAGCUUUCCUUCUUCUACAGCUCCCAAUACCACUCCUGAAGAGAAGCAAAAAAAUACCGAGUCUAAUUUAUCAAAGGAACCAGAAGUUCCUGCUGCUUCUUUUACGCUUCUUCUCUUUCAGUAAUUGCUGGCUCCAAUUGUAAGGAACAGCCUAAUGAAAUCUUGCAGGAGAGUUGGAUGAUAUAGUGAUAUAGAUGCAAUUGGGAUAUGUCUUCUCACUGUAAAUCUAUGAUUGUUUGGAAAAAUAUGGCAAUCCAUUUCCGGAAAGUGGAACAACGACGAGAAAUCAUGCAAGAAAACAACCCAAUUAAGUAACCAUGACUCCAUUGAAAUUAGAGCACUAUUCCUUCAAAACGCUCUGCUCUGACCUUGUGGUGGGAUCGUGAUCAUUCCCUUCAAAUUAAAUGUUACCAGAAGCUCUGAAGCCACAUUGAUGAACAAUAUAUAGGCAUGAUUUCAAGAAUUUGGAACAUUUUAAUUUUAACUUUCUUGUAUAACAUCAUUUGCCAUUGUAGAAUCAAUAAUUAAUUAGGUGAGAACUCUAGUAUAUAUAUGAUGUAUUAUUAUAAAAAAAAAAUAAAAAAUUAGUUGUUUAAUA